AGGCCAAAUUUAGAAUUUUAAUUCCAAUUUCAGAUAGUUAAGGUAAGUAGGUGUAACAACCAUAAUGUACAACCUCUGCAUCGUACAAACCGAAUAGCUUCCCUCUUUUAAAAACGAAUCAAGCAAAGCCGCCCCGCCGUGUGAAUCGCCGCCGUCUCAAACGUUAUUUAUUCUAUGGAGGGCGUCGGAGCCAGAUCCGGCCGUUCAUCGGCGCGUUACGGCCCCGCCCCCGUCUUCACCGGUCCGGUUCGCAAGUGGAAGAAGAAGUGGGUCCACGCGCCGCCGUCAAGUUCCAACCACCAUCACAACACGCCGGUAAACGGAACCGUCAGGAGUAAUGGCUCCUCCCACCUAUUGUUCUACAAAUGGACCCCGAUCACCGCCAGCCAAAACAAGGAGAACAAUAACAAUAAUAACGGCAGCAGUAACAGUGAUCACGGCAAUGCCGACCCAACGAUUUCAAUUCAAGACGACGCCGUCGCGGCAGAGGAGCCUCCGAAGAGAAAAUUCAAGUAUAUUCCGAUUGCUGUGCUUGAAGAACAAAACAAUGAGUCAUCAGAGCAGAUUGAGGAAGAAGCUAAGCCAAUCGAAAUCGAGGCUAACACAAACGAGGCGACCUCCAAGAGUGAUGUAAAUGAUGAAAAACCCGACAUCAACGAUGUACCUAUGGACGCGAGCCAGUCUCCAGAGAAUAAUCCAGUUGAAAGGCAAGAUCUGAACGAAAGCACGUUGGAUUUGAGUUUGGGGUUGAAGGCUCAUGAGAGAGAAAGCGAAUCGGAUCAAGAUAAAGACGACCAGCUAGUAUGAGUGAGUAAACUGUUUAAAGGAUUGUUAGCCUUCGAAACAAACUCAGUUUGUUCUUCGGCUUAUAUUAUUAGAGCUAAUGGUGCUCAAUACUGCAUUUUUCCUCUCUUUACAGUAGUUUAUAGUCUGGAAUCUUCUAAAACUAUCCUUCAACUUUUUUCCUUUUUCUUUUUUCGCAAUCGAGCAAAUUCAUCUUCAAUAACAAUUAAAUUGGCAA